CGUUUGGCGCGGACUGAGAAGAGUGGCGGAAGGGAGAAAUUGACAACGGUGGCGUCUGCUUGGCUUCCGGUAUUUGUAAAUAGAACUGUUGCUCAGCUGCAGCUGCUGACAACGGAAUAGGUUAGUGGGGAUCGUCGAUUGAUUGCCCGAUCAGUGCACUGGAGUUUAUCUCAACACAAUGUCGGACCAUAAUUCUCCAGAACUCCCAUUUUUGAGUGAUUCGGAUGCCAUCAACUAUGUGGAAUCGUCAAAACUGAUGGUCUUAAUUUCUAAUAAGGAAGAAAAUAUUUUCCGGAAAAUCCAAGACACUUAUGGUCUUAAUGCUACUUGUGUUUCAGAUGAAGAUGUUAGCAAACGGAUAGCUGAUGUACAGGCUGCAUGUACUAGGGACCAGCAUGUUGUUGCCAUCAGUGUUGGAAAUUUUGAAUCGUCAGAUCCUCCCGACAUGCAGCCUUAUACCCAAAUAGCAAGAGAUCAGAAUUAUAUUGUAUCCGUAGUGAACGGUCCUGAGAACCUUUUGCCAGAUUACAUUGGCUGGCAUCUUAAUGAAGCUGAUUCCUGUAUGCUUGGUUUGUGUGCACAUGCCCUCCUUGAAGAUCUCCUUAAAACUGUACCAGAGUUUUGUUCUGAUUUCCGAAAUUACAGUCAGGGCGAAACCAUCCCAGAAAUGCUGAAGUUUUAUCAGUUGGCUGAUUCAAAUCAUAAUGGAAUGCUUCAUUGCACAGCUAAAUAUUUUGGCAGCAGCCCUGAUGAAUCUUCCAAGGAAUAUUUUAGAGAGGUGAAAGGAAACAUAACAAUGAAUUUUGAAACAACAGUCAUUGGCAUAGUUUUUACACCUCGCACUUUUGGAGCACGUCUAAAACUUUCCCAAGAACAACUAAAACUCUGGGGUGGAGAUGACGAUGGAAAGGCUAAAAUGAAAACAGUUCUGAAAAAUGAAAUUGCAAGGUCCAAUGAAGAUGACCGAGUAUCAUCCUUAAAUUCAGCAAUGGCUCAUCACUCUAUUCAAUGUGAUUCAAAUAAUCUUGCAACAACAGACAGUAAGUUGCCCAUGAAAAAAAAGUCAGCUCGUUAUUUUCCAAAUAGCCAAGCCUCGCUGGUCUACUUGACCACAAAAUCAGAAGAGGAUCCGGAUUUUCAUCCAGUUUCGGGCCGAGGCAGCAGAGCCCACAUGACCUUAGGCAUUGCACCAGGAGAAAGUGCAGUUACAACAGGAUAUGACCUUUUAGAGGUGGUCAAACUGGAGGAAGAAGAAAAAGACUGGCCUACCUACCCUACUACUCGGGGUUGGCUACGAGACUAUGGCGAAAACAGAUGGGUCCUGUACAUGAAGAACAAAAUUACUGUUGAGACUUUGUUUGCUGGUGUUUACAGUGUGUCAUAGCCCAUAAAAUUUUGUCAGGACGGAAAAAAUACAAUUCUGGCAGCUUUUCCUCUUAAGUCUCUUUAUGUUUUGACUUUGACUAACUUUUCAGUCAGUAUGUGUUUAUUAGGACCUUAAAAGUUUUUCUAUUUACAUAAUGCCAGUGCUUAUCAAGACCAAUUUUAGAUUAAAUUGAAAAUGUCAGGAAUUUUAUAUGACACUAAUUUAUGUGUACAUGUGAAAACAGUUUUCAAAAUUCAAUUACUGAGGCGUGACACCUUGUCCCCUAGAGAAUGAAACUACCAGGUACAUUUCUUGAAAUUUUGUAGUCACUCAGUCUGCGUGCUGCCAAUAGAAUUUCGUGAUACUUCUGUGAUCUCUAUUGAGUGUGGUUUAUCCUAUCCUUUUAUGUCUUGGAUGCAACAAAAUGUAUUUUAAAAUUCAACAAUCAAAAUAAUGUUAUUGAAGAGUACUUCUGUUUAACUAGUUAAACUUGUUGAGCUAACAAUGUAUUAAUAUUCAUUGUUAUAAUAUUAAUUUUGUAUUUAUAAUUUGGAAUCAGUAUGCUACCAUUGCUAAUAUUAGGGAAUGUUAAUAGACUAUAAAAGUAUAUUUGUUGAUGUUAAACCUCUGUGUGGGUUCUUAAAAAUUAAUUUCCAAGGAAAACAAAUAAAAAUGUUUUGAUGAAGAA